AUGAAUUCAGUCUUAACAGCACUUCUCUUGCCACUUGUAUUGGCGUCGCCUUUGAAGCCUCGACAAGAAGAUGAAGGGCCGACUCUGAACACCGGGUGCGAGCCAGGCGACCUCACCCCCGAGAACUGGAGGACAAACGCCAUCGAUGCCACGAUAUCUGGCACUCUUGGCUUUGGCCAAGUCCCCGAGUACCCCAGACUCUUCCUCCAAGACGACAACCCAAGACUCGACUUUCAGUGCUCCGACUUGAACAACCCGGACAAGUGCACGAUCCCCACAAACUUCAUCUUUGUGGGUGAAUCAAAUGACUUUAGCGGAACUGUCUGCGGCGCCUUUCACAACCCCCAACUUGGUUUCAUCGGCCAGGCAUGGGUCAACCUCUACACGCAUCUUCGCAACAUCAACAAUGCUGUACAGCCAGCUGUUGACAGCAUCCUCAACUCCAACUUUAUCGAUGACUUGGUCACCAAGUCAACGGCUGAGCCUUUGCCUAUUCCCAAGGAGGUCCUAUUCAAGCUUGCAGAGCUCUCCCUCGUCUUUGUCCCAGCCCCCAUCGGGCCUGAGCUAGCGGCCUUCCGUACAAUUGUUCCACGAUUCAAGAAGCUGGCUGGCAAGCUGCUCAAGAACGCACGCAACGAACAGGCCGAGCAAGAUGAAAACAUCGACAACCAGCCUCAGAUCCUCAAGGACCUAUUGGGCUCUGUCCCCGCCUGGGUGCAAGAGAAUAUGAAGGAGCAGAACGAUGACAUUUUCCUCAACACACAUUCAGAUAACACCAUUGGUGAUAUGCUCAAAGAUGGCGCUGGUCUCAGCACGCCGACUUCCCAAGAAGACUAUGAAAAGGCCAUUUCACGGAACCUCAAGAUCUUUGCCCUCGCCCAGCUGUGGACAAAGAUCAGCAUGAACCUCCUCCUCUCCGACCCCGACGAGUUUGGUCAGUGUAUCUCUGAACCAUCCACCCGCGUCCGAGACAAGUGCAUGCAAUUCAAGUACCGCGAUGGCACAACGCCUGUUACUCUUGCAACUGGCGAGCACCCUCGUGAUGCGGCUGGGGCUAUCGCAAGCACCGGUUUGAACUUUGACACGGUGGCAAAUAAUGCUAUUGACUGUCAGAAUGCGGGCAAGACAUUCAGUGAUGUCGACUUUGAUGGCUUUUUGACUUCGGACAACGACAAUGAUCAAGCUAUUCCUGCGUGUCUUUUUGGAGUGCCAGUCGUUGGCUCUCUAGAAUGA